AUGACUCUCUACAACGUCACCCUCAAGGAGACUGCUUCACCCGAGGAGCUUGAAAAGGCCAAGGAGAAGGUCCGCUCCGAAGGAGGCACCAUCAAGCAUGAAUACACCUUGAUCAAGGGAUUUACGGUCGAAUACCCCGACGACCACGUGAACGUUCUCGAGAGCAACGAACACCUCCACGUCGAGCAAGACGGAAACGUAUCUACCCAGAUUACACGAUCUAUCCAACUGCGGCACAACUCCACUUGGACACCGACAUCAACCUCGGAAAGCUGGGAAAAACCUCCAUCGUGGAUCAAUGUGGCAGAAGAUGAGAUUGCCAGAUUGGCCGCUCUAAGACGUCGGCCAUUGACUCUGGCAGACCUUCUCAAACAUGGCCAACCUCCGUUAUCCAAGCAGGCUCUUCUCGACUCGGCCAAUUUCACACUUUCCCUUCUUCCGGCCCGUCUGGCUUAUCGUAUACAAUGUCUAAGAAAUCUACCGUUCAUCGUGGUAUCCAACCCGCACGUUUCGCAAAUAUAUAACAAUUACUUGCAUUCGUUAUCUACAUUACUCCCUUACCAACAACGCCGAAUCACCACCCUCGAAGAAGAGAAGCAAUUCGCCGAAGUGAUGGCAGAUCUUGUCCAGACUCACACCAAUACCAUACCUAUUUUAGCGCGAGGAUUUCUGGAAUGUAGAAAGUACAUUGAAUCAGACGAAGUCACUCGCUUCCUGGAUUCACACUUGCGAGCCCGAAUCGGGACACGGUUGAUUGCCGAGCAACAUCUCGCUCUUCAUUUUGCGUCGCAGCCGAUUAGUGACGAGAAUCCGAACCCGCCACUCUCAGAACGAGAACAUGGACCCCCGAAUUAUAUUGGUGUCAUUGACACUGCACUAAAACCUGCACAGAUCGUUCGAUCAUGCGAGCAUUUCGUGAGCGAGAUCUGCGAGCUAAAGUAUGGAGUCCGGCCGACUCUCGAAAUCAACGGAGAACCCGACGCAAGCUUUGCCUACAUCCCCGUACACGUGGAAUAUAUAAUCACAGAACUACUCAAAAACGCAUUCCGUGCAGUUGUCGAGUCUGGACACGAGAAAGAACCCAUAGAAGUCACCAUAGCAGCUGCGCCAGAUAUUCCGGGAAAUCAUCUCAACCACAUCAAUUAUAUACCACAUCAUGCGCGAGACGGCGAUGUGGACAUAUCGGCCGAAGAAGAGAUCUUAGUCGCGAAUGAAAACAUUCGUCGUACCAACACUUCCUCUCAGAGUAUAACGAUUCGCAUCCGGGACCGUGGCGGCGGUAUUCGACCCGAGAUUCUGUCUCAGGUCUGGUCGUACAGCUUUACGACGUUCUCGGAGGCCAAUGCCUCGGGUGAAUAUAACGGCAACAUCGAUGCCCUGAACACGAUUUCGGGUGCUGGUGGAAAUACUAGUACUAUUGCUGGGCUGGGCUAUGGCUUGCCGUUGAGUAGAGCUUAUGCAGAAUACUUUGGGGGAAGUAUUGCGAUUCAGAGUCUGUGGGGAUGGGGAACUGAUGUAUAUUUGACUCUGUCUGGCGUCGGUCGGAUAGGGGAGUAG